AUGGCAUCCCCAAUGCAUCGCCAUUCACGCACAGUUUCAUCUGGCAUUACAAAUAUGAAGAGACCACAGAAUACCAAAGCUGCUGCUCAGAGGCUUGCUCAGGUUAUGGCACAUCAGCCAGCUGAUGAUGAUGAAGAGGAGGAUGACCUUAUGUAUGACUAUAGCCCUGCAAUUCCAUCAGCUGGAAUAGGACUUGCAGGUGGACGGCCAACUAGAAACCGUUCGCCAAUGCAGCUUUCAUCAGUUCGUACUUCAGUUGAACAACCACCAUCUGCUCGUUCAACAUCAGGUGCAAGAACAUCUGCAACUAUCAACUCUGUGGAACAUCAACCUUCAUCAGCUUGUUCACUCUCACUUCUUCGAUCAUCUCAAAACAAGUCUGCAGAACAACUUUCGUCUGCCUACUCUUCUGUGGCUGGUCAUUCGUCUGAACCCACAGACUCAGUUGAAGAAGCACAACCACCAUAUGCUCGCUCUAAUAUUGGAAGAUCAUCUUCUACUGUCAACCUUGUGGAACAACCUCCAUCUGCUCGUUCUGUGGCCAGUGUCCGUCCAAAUUUAGGGGGCAAGACUGGUUUCAUGGUACCUCCAAGUGUACCUCUGUCAGUCAAGCCAGCAGUAUCUGGAAUUCCAGCAGAGACUCAACCUGAUAAAAUUAGGGACAAAAGGUUAUCUUUAGAUUUUGGGACUUUUAAAUAUAAAGAACCUGGUGACCAGCAGUUAUCUUCUUCUGCUCUACAAGAUGAGCUUCGAAUUGCGGAAGAAAGGUGUGAGGAGGCAGAAGCACGGACUCGGCAACUUGAGAAACAGGAAAGAAGCAGACCUUCAGAAAAGGGAGGUAUGUAUGAGAAGGAAUGCUAUUAUUUUCCAGUGAUUCAGGCUGCUCUUAAAAUUGCGACAGAAACCUAUGGUGGAGCAGGCGAGGAGCUUGCAGCCCUUCGAAUGGAAGCCGAGACCGCCAGGGAUGAAGCUAUUUCAGCUUUGGAGCUGCUACAUGAUGUUGAGUGUGAAGUUAAAUCACUUCGGACAGUGACUAAAAGAGUUAUUUUGACUAAAGAAGAGCUGGAAGAGGUUGAUCUCAAGAGGUGUUGGCUUGCUCGAUACUGGAGUUUAUGUGUUCGCUAUGGUGUUCAUGCAGAUAUAGCUGGUGCAAAAUACGAAUACUGGUCAUCCUUUUGUCCCCUUCCUACUGAAGUUAUAUUGGCUGCUGGACAGAACGCAAAAGAUGAAAACUCAAUUGUUCACAAUGAUGCUGAAGAAAGGGAGAAAGGCACACGAUAUACAAAUGAUAAUUCAGGAGAUGCCAGCAUUGAGAACAUGCUUUUAGUGGAGCAAGGUCUUAGGGAACUGACGUCGCUCAAGGUAGAGGAGGCAAUAGCCAUAUCAAUGGCCCAACAGCGAUGCCCAAGUGCAGUAAAAUCUAAUGAUGAAUUGAAGCUACCGAUUGAAGGGCAGGAUUUUUCAGAAGCAUUUGAGUUAAGCAAAGAAGAGGCUGAAGAUGUUUUCAUCAAGCGGGCAUGGUUGACAUAUUUUUGGAAAAGAGCGAAAAAUCACGGCUUGGAACCAGAUAUAGCGGAGGAACGUGUACAGUUCUGGAUCAACCAGGGAAGUAAGGCACUUACUUCACAUGAUGCGGUCGAUGUUGAACGUGGUCUAAUGGAGCUUCGGAAGUUAGCAAUCGAGGCCAAAUUGUGGGAAGAAUCUCGUAGAUCGAUUGAUCCAAACUCCAAGCGCAAAUCACAACUAGACGUUGAAUUUUAA